AUGAAUAACCCCCCAUCUUCUUUCCCAGAUCAGGCUGCGGGUCCGAUUUCCCACUCAUCAGCUAGACCCAAUUUAAUGGCUCCCCCGAUGAAAUAUAUUUGUGGCGGUAUCCUUGGUUCCUUUAUUUUAGAGUGCUGUGUUGAAAACGAGCUUCGCCCCAAAGAUGCCAUUAGAUGCAAAGAAUGCGGAUACCGCAUUAUGUACAAAAAAAGAACGUCUCGAGUAGGUGUUUCUGAGAGCAGCCUUCGAAGAAUUUGA